AUGAAUGCGUUUACACAAGCUGCUACUGGUAAAUGUCAGCAAUGCAUGCAUUAUCAAAAUAAAGCAAAAUACGUACAAUGGGUGCAAGAAUUUCAUCUAGCUUUUUCAGUGAGGAAAUGUUUGGAAACUAUGUGAACACAUCAAGACUCAAACGCAAAUACCAUUGAACGAGGUGUAUGCAGUCUUUAUAUCAAAUGAAAGAAGAAUGGUGAGUUGCUAGGUCAUCAAAUUGCCUAGUGAUUGGGAUUGUGAAAUCUUUGUUAACCCUUCACUCUGUUAUGAAUUUCCAUUCCUCUCAGAUCCCUAUGUGGAAACAUAAGUCCAGUCGUGGAGAUGAACCUGUUGUUUGGGUAGGCACUGUCAUCAAGUCCCUUGGAAUUCAUUAUCACACAGAGGAUAGAACAAUCCAGAAUUAGAAAAACAGAUGAAGCCACACCCUUUCCUUUAGCAUUAUGUGAAAUACGGACAUUUUAGAUUUAUCAAAAGGCCAAUGGCAAUGUGUGUAAACCAGUGGAGGCUGCUGAGGGGAGAACGGCUCAUAAUAAUGGCUGGAAUGGAGUGAAUGGAAUGGUAUCAAACCCAUGUUUUUGAUACCAUUCCAUUUACUCCACUGCUGUAAACUGUCAACUAUUACAAUGGUCGCUAUAUAACAUUCAUUAUUCUCUGUUUGUAGAGUUAUCACGUUAUUCUACUACAUCAGAAUUAGCAGGGACAAAGCUUUAUUUAUGACCUAGAUACUGUCCUACCUUUCUCCUGUUCCUUCCAUGUUUACACUACAGAAGCCUUCCAGACCGAUCAGGGUCUUAAACCAGCUUUCUGGUGGUAAGCCAACCAGUAUUCAUAUUCAGGUGAUCGGUUCUCCUCAAUGAUAAACACUGUUGAAUGCUUGUGUAACACUUUCCAGAAAGUUGCAAGUUAUUUCUGCAGAUACCUACUUAAAGAAUUUUGCCUCCGACCGGUCACAUAUGAAAGAUGCCAAUGGGACGUGGCUCAUGCCUCCAACUCUGUAUCAUUGUAUUGAAACAGGUACAUCUCAGUACUAUUACAUACUUAUUUCUUCUUGCAACACUCAAUAUUUGAAUAUAAAUAAUUUUCUGUAGGGUGUCUGUGUGAUAAUAUCAGGAUUGUCUAUCUUACAGAAGAAUGGGUUUCUAUCCUUCCAGACUCUAAAAUGAACCUGGAUAACUUAAUCAGUAUGGAUUAUAGUGGGAUGUGGACA